AUGAUGCAACCGCAGAUUAUCCUCCUUAAAGACGGAACCGAUACAUCGCAAGGCAAGCCGCAGCUGAUCAGCAACAUCAACGCGUGCCUAGCUGUGGUGGACACGAUCCGCACGACGCUGGGUCCACGUGGCAUGGAUAAGCUGAUCCACGACGAGCGCGGCAACACCACCAUCUCUAACGACGGCGCCACCAUCCUGAAGCUGCUCGAAAUCGUGCAUCCCGCCGCGAAAACCCUCGUCGACAUCGCCAGAUCGCAAGACGACGAGGUGGGUGAUGGCACGACGACGGUGACGCUCUUAGCAGGCGAGUUCCUGCGGCAGGCCAAGCCGUUUGUGGAGGAGGGGGUGCAUCCGCAGCUCAUCUGCCGCGCCUUCCGCGCCGCUGCUCGCCUCGCGGUGGAGAAGGUCAGAGAAGUGGCGAUUUCCAUCGAGGGCAAGGGCGACGAGGAGAAGCGCGAGCUGCUACACAAGUGUGCAGCGACGACGCUGAGCUCGAAGCUGGUGGGCGGCGAGAAGGACUUCUUCGCGCGCAUGGUGGUGGAUGCCGUCUGUUCUUUGGAUGAGGACGUGCCGCUGAACAUGAUCGGCAUAAAAAAGGUGCAAGGAGGGACAAUGCGAGAUUCCUUCCUCGUCGAGGGAGUGGCCUUCAAGAAGACCUUUUCCUACGCGGGCUUCGAGCAGCAGCCGAAGCGGUUCGAGUCCCCGAAGAUCCUGCUCCUGAAUAUCGAGCUGGAGCUGAAGAGCGAGAAGGAGAACGCGGAGAUCCGCCUGUCGGACCCGUCGCAGUACCAGUCGAUCGUGGACGCGGAGUGGAAUAUCAUCUACUCCAAGCUCGACAAGUGCGUGCAGAGCGGCGCCAAGAUUGUCCUUUCGAGGCUUGCGAUUGGCGAUCUUGCCACUCAGUAUUUCGCGGAUAGGGACAUCUUCUGUGCGGGGCGCGUGGCAGAGGACGACAUGCAGCGAGUGGCCAAGGCGACGGGGGGAGCCGUGCAGACCACUGUGAACGACCUCAUCCCUGAUGUUCUGGGAAGCUGUGCGCUGUUUGAGGAGAGGCAGGUGGGCAACGAGCGGUACAACCUCUUCACUGGCUGCUCCAACGCCAAAACUGCCACCAUCGUGCUGCGAGGAGGGGCGGACCAGUUCAUUGAGGAAGCAGAGCGCAGCCUGCACGAUGCCAUCAUGAUUGUGCGGCGAGCUAUCAAGAACGCUGCAGUUGUGCCGGGUGGAGGUGCCAUUGAUAUGGAGGUCAGUCGUCACCUGCGUCUGCAUGCGCGCACCAUAGCGGGCAAGCAGCAGCUGUUCAUCAAUGCUUAUGCGCGUGCGCUGGAGGUGAUUCCACGCCAGCUGUGUGACAAUGCGGGGUUUGACUCCACUGACGUGCUCAACAAGCUCAGGCAGAAACACGCCCUGCCUUCCGGCGAGGGACAGCGCUUUGGAGUGGAUGUGAAUUCGGGCGGCAUUGUGGACACGUAUGCCUCAUUCGUCUGGGAGCCAAUUGUGGUCAAGGUGAAUGCCAUCACAGCGGCAACCGAGGCGGCCUGUCUUGUGCUCAGUGUUGACGAGACGGUUCGCAACCCACGAUCCGAGAGUGCGCAAGACGGUGGAAUGGGUGGCAUGGGCAGAGGUGGAGGCCCGUGCAUCACGGCGCGCCUGGCGCUGGGCUUCCGCACACGCACAUUCCGCUUUCCGAGUCACUGCCCCACCCCCUUCCGCCGCCUCCCCCAUCUCCCCCCGUCCGCGCCACAUUCCCGCCUCUCUAUCUCUCCACCACUCAUCCUACUCCGCAACUCUCCGCCACCUUAUCCUCGGUCCCUCUACCCGCUCACCACCCCCUCAGCACACAUCGUCCCCUUUUCCUCCCCUUCCACCCCCUCCUCCCCUCCCCCCUUCCCCCUCCCCCCCAACUCAUUUUUCCGCCAGUCCGUGCCGGCGGGGAGUCUAAGAGCGGCGCAUUUGGAGCCGCGGCUGGCCGUGCAUCACGGCGUGCCUGGCGCUGCUUCCGUGCUCGCUUACGAUCCCGUGCAACGGCUGCUGGCAGUGGGAACGCGGGAUGGGCGCAUCAAGGUGUUCGGGCAUGAUGGCAUUGAAGCUCUGCUCUGCUCGCCUGCCAAGGCAGCCUGCAAGUUCCUCGAGUUUGUGUGCAACUCCGAGUACAUGGUGCAGGUCACUUUUUUCAACUCCAUUGAGAUCUGGAGUCUGGCUGAGCGCCAGAUGACAGACUCACUGCAGUGGGACGUCGUCAUCACUGCCUUCUCCACUGUCCCCGACACACGCUUCCUCUACGUGGGCGAUGAGAAUGGUGUGUUCCACGUGUUGGAGGUGGACGGUGGUGGUCGACUCAACAAACGCCCCUACUCCGUGCCUCCCCACGUCACCAUGGCGGGUCUUGUGAAGCAGGAGUCCUCCCACAUGCCAGCGCUCAUCGCCAUCCUCCCCCAACCCGAGGCCUACCACACGCGGGUCCUCCUCGCCUACUCCAACUCCCUCGCACUCCUCUGGGACCUCCACGCUCUCCGCGUGCUCGCCACGCGCGGUGGCUCCGAGAUGCAAUGCACGCGCCUCUCCGAAGCCGGCGACCGCCUGGCAGACCUCCAAACAGGCAGGCGAAACGUGCCGAAGCCCACGGAUGAGGAUGAGGAGGAUGACGAGGCGUGUGACGGGCCUGAGCUCUCUUGCUUAUCCUGGGCGUGUCCGGCGGGAUCGGUGUUUGCAGCCGGGUAUACCAACGGGGAGAUUGCUCUCUGGGGGUUGCCGCACCCGCCGUUGCCCGUGGGGGCUGGAGGAGCAGCGGGAGCGGGAGUGCCGGGAGCCCCGUCACCGUCGGGGUCUUUUUCCUCGUCUGUUCCGACUAUUUCGCUGUCGUCGUUAUCAUCUGGGGGGUUGGUCGCGCCGAUCUUGCCAUGCACUGUGAAAGCGCUCGCGGAGGAGAUUACAUCGCAGCCGUUGGUUCGGCUGCAGGUGCAGGGUGGGAAGGGCGAGCGGUCGGCGAUCACGUCGUUGAGAUGGUGCGCUGAUGCGAGACGGGCAGGGGAGAGAGGAGGAGAACGAGGAGAUAGAGGAGAGACGGGAGAAAGUGGAGAGAGAGGAGGAGAGAGAGGAGGGGGGAGAUGCAUGGAGAGGGGAGGAGGGAGGCUGUACGUGUGUGGGGGGGAGAUGCCAGGGCUACCAGGGUCAGUGAGUGUGGUGCAGCUGGGGGGGCUAGAGGAGGGCAUGAAGGAGAAGGGCAUGGUUAAGCUGCCAUGGUUUGGACCCGUGGCAGAUGUCGUGGUGGCACCCUCUGCUCUCGGCAGCACGUGUGCCUCUGCCAUCCUCGUGCUCACCUUCCCUGGGCAGCUGCCGUGGUUUGGGCCCGUGGCGGAUGUCGUGGUGGCGCCUAGUACGCUCAGCAUCACGGUUGCCUCUGCCAUUCUCGUGCUCACCUUCCCGGGACAGGUCCACUUGUAUGACGAGCCAGGCAUGGAGCAGCACAUGUGUGCGCGCCUGCUCUCCCCGUCGCCCUCCUCCCACACGCCCACCCCUCCCGACCCCGCGGCCUUUGAGAAUCCGGGCUCUGCGGUUACCACCGGCAGGCUCAUGCUCGCCCCCUGGGGUACACACGCCUCCCACGUGCUCUCCCAGCUGCCCCGUGUGUCGCCGACCCGCUGUCCCUCUGCUCUCUCGCACGGCACAAAGUGGCCCGUGGCGGGGGGCUCAUUCGGCCAGCAGCCAGAGAUUUCUCCCGAGGACGGGCUGUGCCUGUACAUCUCAGGUCACCGCAACGGGGUGACCCACAUCUCAGAUGUCUCGACUCCCCUCAUUGUUCCAUUAGCCUCAGCUCCUGCUCAACUAACCCAGGCUGACGACCAGCCAAGCUACAUGGCAGUAACUGCCGUAGCUUUUUGUGCGGUAUCAGCGCUGCUGCUGGUGGGGCAUGAGGACGGGCUGGUGGUGGAAGGCCUUGUCCUUAACCCCCUCCUUUUUUUAUCCUUUGUCCCUCCCCAUCCCGUCACACGCUCCAUCACGUACCAACAACAGGCUGACGAUCAGCCGAGCUACACGGCAGUGACGGCUGUGGAUUUCUGUGCGGUAUCAGCGCUGCUGCUGGUGGGGCAUGAGGACGGGCUGGUGGAGUUAUUUGAGCUGAGCACGCGGAGGAGAACGCUGUGCUGCCAAAUCAUCACUGAGCGGGGCGGCUACGAGCAGGCCACGCCCAGCGAGUGUGAAGAAGGCUUUCAGAUGGUGGCUCAGUUCCACCAGCACCGUGCCAAGCCCAAACACGCCUCCGGUGCUGUUGGCCUCUUCCUCCUUGACCUGAUGGGAUCCGCAAUCCCAUCAUUUGGAGGCAAGCUGCCUCUGCUCUGGGCGAUGCAACAGCCCUCCAUGGCCCGUGGUGUCAACUCCCGAGCCUCCGCUGCAGGCUCGGUGGCCACCCGAACCUCUGACGCGCACUCUGCCGAACCUGGGGACCCGAGCCUGCGAAUGAUCGGUGCGUGUGGGCGGGCACGUUUCAAGUCAAUCUCCUCCUUUCCUUCCCCGCCUUCUCCCCACCUACUUCCCUUCCCCUCCCCGCUCUUUCCCCCUCCCUUCCCCUCCCUCCCCCCUUCCCCGCCUCCCACAACAAAGGCUGAACGGUCAGCGCUAAAGCGGGUGAAGAUCUUUGAGAACGAUCGGUGUGUGUGGGCUGGCACGUUUGGAGCGCAUCCGCAGUACCCCCCUGCUGUCAUCGUCAUCUCGUCCCAAGGGCUCGUUGAAAUCAGGUAUGCGCUUCCAUGUUGCUCCCUUUUGUUGCUCGUGCUUCCACGCCCUUCCCACUCAUUCCCAUUCUUGCGCACGUUUGGAACGCACCCGCAGUACCCCCCUGCUGUCAUCGUGAUCUCCUCCCAAGGGCUUGUUGAAAUCAGUUCACCAUUUUCCUCUCCUUCCCCUCGCUGCAUUUCCGUUCCCCACCCCUCUCUUCAGCUGGACGGGGAGACGGAGAGACCGAGAUGGUGCGCCUCUCUCUCUUGGCACGAGAUGCCCCUUCACCAAUCUGUUAGACUCUCCUCCCAUCUGCUCUCCCCUCCCGUCUCCUCUCCCCUCCCGUCUCCUCUCCCCUCCUGUCUCCUCUCCCCUCCCGUCUCCUCUCCCCUCCUAUCUCCUCUCCCCUCCCUCCUCUCUUCUCUUGCCCCUCACACCAGUUGGACGGAGAGACUGAGAUGGUGCGCCUCUCUCUCUUUGCGCGAGAAAAUGCCAUCGGGGGAUGCGCUGCGGGCUGUGAAAAGCGAGGGCUUCUUGCCACCCGGGGAUGGCGGUGCUGCGUCCGGCUCUCCCUCCUCGUUCCUCCGAGGCACCAAGGCUCUUCGCAGCAGCAGCACCUUGAAGCUCCUUCAAAGCUCCCCCAGAGUGCAGCCCACCGCUCUGCACCCAGCUGCAGACCUCCUUCCCCUCUUUGCUUCUGCGCCCUUCGCCCCCCCUGCCCCUGCGGCGGACGGGGAGGAGGGGGAGGAGGGGGAAGGGGAGGCGGACGAGGAGAAGAAGCAGUCAGGAAGCUUCUCGGAAAGAGAGAAACCAGAUCUCAUGCUUGACACUUCCGUCGCCUGUGACAGCCCGACCACACCUGAUGGCACAGUCACCACACCGCACCCUGCUGCUGCUGGCAAGAAGAGUCUCUUUGGCUUCCACCGCACCAACUCCAAAGGUCGCAGCAAGGAGAGCGAGGGCGUGUUCGGACCAGGUGCAGUUCACGCUGCCACGCCUCGACCCAAGUCAACCGAGGAGAUUCGAGGGGGGUUUGGAACGCGCCGUCAGCAGCAGGUGAGAGACAGAUAA